AUGAAACCAACUUCUCCACGUAGAGGGGAUUCUCCAAACAAAUCAUUCAAGGAUGAUAGUCAAUAUACCGAGAAAAUUGCUCUUCUUGAAGGAGAGCUUCAGGAAGCGCAGCGUUCCAAAUUUAAACUUUUAAAGGAGAUCGUUGCUCUCAAAAAAGGCCAAUAUGUUGAAGAAAUUAUCAAGCUGAGAAAAGAAAUGUCAGAAGUUAAAGCAGCUAUUGAAGAAUCUUCUAAAAACAGCGAAAUCAUUGAACAAUUAAGAGCCGAAAACGAUCAAUUACUUCAAAUCAGAAACCAGCACGAAACUGAUAUGAAGUUAAUUGAGGAAUGCAAGACUAUUUCACAAAAGGGCGAUGCUUCAGAGGCUUUCUACGAUAAACUUGAUCGUCUUGAAGAGGAAAACGCAGAGUUAAGGCGCAAACUUGCUGAACAAAAAGAAAGCAACGAUGAAAUUUUCGAAAAGGCUGAAGAUGCUGAAAGAAUUGGUAUCAUUAUCAAAAAUUCGGACAUUUCAUUCACUCCUAAGGAAGUUUUAAUAGCAUUAAAAUUCCGUUUACAUCAACUUCAAGACGAGCAUGAUGCUCUUGUCGAUGAAGAAGAAGAUUACGAAGAAGAAGAGAUAAAUGAAGAAGAUGUGCAAGAACUCAGAAAGCGUAUCAGCCAAUUAGAGCUUAGAAAUGCCCAGCUCAACAAGGUUGCCUCUCCAAACUCUUCAAAUACUGCUUCUCCGCAGAAAAUUGAAUCCAUUAUUCGCGAAAUCAACUCAAUCAAGGAAAAGAAUGAAGCUCUUCGUGCUUCUGGAGCAUCAAAGGGUAUCGGAAAGACAAAAGAAUACCAAGAACUUACGAAAAUUUACCAAGAUUUACUAAAUCGCUCCCCAUCAAAGCAGGAUGCAAAUGGAAUACAGCGCCUCUUCAAGGCUAUCGAAGCCCUUACAAACCGUGUCGAUGCAGAGCUCUCCAGCGAUGAAUACUCGAUAACAGAUGAUAAUGAAAAAAGUGACAAAGAAAACGAUAGAAUUGAAAACCUCAAAGCACAGAUCGAGCAUCUUCAAAGCAGGUUAGAAGUGCUUGAUCGUAAGGAAGCUCCAGCAGAUGCAGCUACUCUUUUCCGCGAAAACCGUGAAUUACGAGAAGAAAUUAUUGCUUUGAAGAAUCAGCUCUCUCAGGUCGAAAACAUCGAAGAACCAAUGCUUGGAGAACGUAAUUAUGACGAUUAUCCAUUCAAAUUCGAUAGAAAAGGAUUUAAUUUCUACGAUGGAAAGAAUGAAGUAGUUUUCAACGAUAUUGAGGAAGAGGAUCAAGAAGAAGACUUCGGAGAUGCUAAGGAACCAUUCAGAAGUAACGUUGAUAUCGACAAUGACGAACCAAUCGGAAAAUACGAAGAAGAAAAAGAGGAAGAGGAAGUAAAAAGUGACAACUUAAAUAGCGAUGAUGAAAAAGACCAUAAAACAUUCGGAGGAACGAAGAUGACACAAGAAGACUACAGGAGACUCAUGAUGAAAACACUUUCUCAACAAUCUGACCACACAGAUAGCGAAGAAAACGAUCUCGGAGUAGAAUGGCAGGAUCUUACUGAUGAAGAAGAAGAAGAUCAAGAGGAAGAGUCUAUUCAAUCGGCUCCAGAUUUCUAG